AUGGCCACUGUGAUUAAUAUCACAGAUAAACAUCAUCUUGAACAAAUUUUACAACAAGCAAACAAUGUAACAAAUGGUCCAAGCAUUGUAGUAAUGGAUUUUUAUGCUUCAUGGUGUCGUCCUUGUUCAGAUAUAGCUCCUGUCUUUCAAGAAUUAAGCAUCAAGUAUACAAAUAUGAAAUUUGUUAAAAUUGAUGUUGAUAAACUUGAAGACGUUGCACAACGUUACAAUGUCAGAUCAUUACCUACGUUUAUAUUUCUACGUGGAGCUGAACAAAUUGAUCGGAUUACCGGUGGAGUUCCACAAAAGUUAAGAGACAAAGUACAAGAACUUGCUCUCUCUGGAUCAGACUCUCAUGAAAGUGGUUCACAUAAAAGCCCACAGUCUUCUAAACAAUAUGAUAUGGAUAUGUUAUUGUCAAAGAAUCAGUGUGAAUGUUUAAAUGAAGAUGAUACACAUUCACUUGCUCAAUUAUUGAAUUCCUCUGAAAAUAAUAAUUCUAAAGCAUAUUUACUGUCAGAUACAGAUGAACAGCUUAUUAUAUACAUUACAUUUUCACAAUUUGUUCGUAUUCAAUCUGUACAGAUUAAUGGGCCUAAAGAGAAUGCACCAAAAACAGUAAAACUAUUUAUUAAUCAAACAUCAACACCUGAUUUUGAUAGUUGUGAAAUUGGUGAAGCUGUACAAACAUUAGAAUUAACAGAAGAUGAUAUCAAAGAUGGUGGGAUAACACAGUUGAAUUUUGUAAAAUUCCAGAAUGUUAGUACACUUACAAUUUUUGUGAAAAAUAAUCAAACAUCAACUGAUCAAACUCGAAUUGAUACAUUGAAAUUUUACGGUUAUCCAGUGAAUACAAUCAAUAUGAAUGAAUUUAAAAGGGUCUCUGGGAAGAAAGGUGAAGCCCACGGUUAACCUAUUACCGAGAUAAAAACUAUGCUUCAUUAUUAUUAUUGAAAAGACUACUUGGGAAAAUGUAAACAAUUACACAAAUGUAUUCAUGCUCACUUCGUUUGUCUUUGAGUGUGUAUGUGUGUUUGAACAUUUUAAAUGGAUGAUUAACUCGUUAAUUUCUCCUUUUAUUCUACCACUUUGUAACUUG